AUGGCAAAAGAAAAGGGUGCGUGUCAGACGGCCAACACCGUCCGUGUGAAGGAUAAGGACAACGAGGAAAAGGAGAUUAUUCCCCUUGACCAGGACGAUAUUGCGCUGCUAAAACUUUACGGCUCUGGCCCUUAUCAUGCACCAGUGAAGGAGCUGGAGGAAUUUGUGAAAACAAAGGGGGAGGAGGUCAAUAAGCUAGCUGGUGUGAAGGACAAUGAACUUGGUCUUGCACCUCCUGUGCAAUGGGAUCUCAACAGUGAUCAGGAGGUGACGCGCUCAGAAAAUUUUCUCCACGUUGCUCGCUGCUCCCGUAUUCUCAACAAGGGACAGGCAGAUGCAAAGUAUAUUGUAAAUAUUCGUGACACCGCCAAAUAUGUUGUGAAACUCGGCAAUCGUGUUGCUCCGGAGGACAUUGAAGAGUCCAUGCGGGUCGGUGUGUUGCUGGGGUACUCCAGUAUUCACAUUGAAAUCCCACUCCCACCCCGUAUUGAUCCCUCUGUGUCUAUGAUGCAGGUGGAGGAGAAACCAGAUGUCACAUACAACGAUGUAGGCGGUGUCAAGGAUGUGAUUGACCGUAUCCGAGAGGUGGUGGAACUGCCGAUUACACAUCCAGAGAAGUAUACGCAGCUUGGUAUUGAUCCGCCAAAGGGUGUUCUCUUGUAUGGGCCACCAGGUACAGGCAAGACACUACUGGCAAAGGCCGUUGCAAAUCGCACAGACGCCACGUUCAUUCGUGUCAUAGGAUCAGAGCUGGUGCAGCGCUACAUUGGCGAAGGUGCCCGCAUGAUCCGUGAGAUCUUUCAACUGGCCCGCUCAAAGAAGGCGGCCAUCAUUUUUUUUGAUGAGGUAGACGCCGUGGGUGGGGCGCGUGGUGGCGGUGACGGCGAUGACGAGAUUCAACGCACGAUGCUUGAAAUGGUAAACCAGAUGGACGGAUUUGAUUCGCGUGGCAACGUGAAAGUCAUCAUGGCGACAAACCGCCCGGACACACUCGACCCCGCCCUCACGCGUCCAGGCCGCAUGGACCGUCGCCUGGAGGUUGGACUGCCAGAUCUCGAGGGGCGCACAAAAAUUCUGCGCAUUCACGCCAAAUCCCUGUCGUGUGAAAAGACGAUUCGCUUCGAGCUCAUUGCGCGUCUGUGCCCAAACGCCACCGGCGCAGACCUGCGGUCGGUGUGCACGGAAGCCGGCAUGUUUGCCAUCCGAGCCCGCCGCAAGACGAUCAACGAAAAGGACUUCCUUGAUGCUGUCAACAAGGUGAUCAAGGGGCACCACAAAUUCAGCGCCACGGCAAAGUAUAUGGUGUACAACUGA